AUGCAUUUCUGGGUCACCAAGCACAGGCAGAUUAAUAGGCCUAAUCUUGUACUAAUUCAUGGCUAUGGUGGAGUCUCUCGGUUGCAAUUUCUCCACCAAGCUCGCCCUCUAUCUAAAGUCUUCAAUCUCUGCAUGCCUGACUUGCUAUUCUUUGGCGAUUCCCACACGAAACGGACCUGCCGGUCAGAUAUUUUGCAGGCGAAGUGUGUAAGGGAAGGGUUGAAGAAGUUGGGUAUAGAGAAGUAUAAUUUGGUGGGGCUAAGCUAUGGGAGGUAUGUGGCGUACCGGAUGGCUGAGAAUUAUGGAGAGGAGGUGGAGAAGGUGGUGAUUUUAAGCUGUUGGAUAUGUUACACGGAGGAGCAGAGGAAGGAGUUCUUGAAGAAGCUUGGGAGAAAAAUAAGAUGA